GAUAGAUCUCAUUAAGAAAGUAAUAAAAUGAUUAAAAAAACAUAUAUAGUUCUAUAAGUGUUUGCUUUAAAUUUAGUAUGUGUUUUUAGCUAAACAAAUACAAUAACAAACUGUGCGUAGAUGUCUACUGAUAAUACUUACUGUUUAUACUGCAAUAGUGGUUAUUUUUUGGAUAAUUUAUAAAAAACAUGCACUUAAUAGGGACCUGCAGAUUUAUUUUGCAUUUAAAAAUAUAAUUCAAUUUGCAUAAAGUGUGAUUGUGGACAUCUUAUUGUUUCAGAUAAGAACACAUGUGCUAAAGCUACUUAUUAGCUUAGAGGAUGCGAAGUAAUUAACCCAAGAUCAUAGUGUAUACGUCCUAAAAUAGAUUAUGUAAUGUCUUAAGUAGGAAAUGAUGUAGUUUUAAGAUUAUCAGGAGGUUCUUUUUGUGAAAUAGAAACAUAAUAAUUUUAAUGCCUUUAAUGCCACUCCGGUUAUAAGUUAGAUGCAAAUAGAAAUUGUGUUUAGGUGAAUAAAAAGAUAGAUAAUAUUUUUUACAGCUACUUUUAUGGAGAUUAAUUAAAAAGUAGAAAUUCUUUGUAUGUCCCUGGUGAUUUUGGAGUUUAUCCAAUAAUAUAAUAUUGUAAUUAAUAUACAGGUUCUGGAGAUGGUUUAACUGCUAUUUGUACUUAAUGUUAUGAUGGUAUGAUACCUAAUUUAACUUAAACAGCAUGCUAUGUUUCUCCAUGCAAUUUUUGUCAAUUCGCCGACUUAUCAACCAAUGUUGUGGUUUGCGUUUAGUGCUUAAGACCAAAUUACUUCUUUGUAUAUACAGAUAAAAACUAAAAUCAAGUUUGUGCCCCAAGAUCAAACUUUUACUUUGAUAAUUGCCUAGAAAGGAAUCCUAAAUCUGAUUCUUGCAAUACAUGUGUACCUAGUUUUGGAACUCCAAAUCCUUACUGUCCCCUAAAAUUAUGGAAUUUAUAGCUUCCAUAAAACAGCAUAUAUGGUUGUUCUGUAUAUUUAGAUAGUAGUCAUUGCUAACUAUGCUCAUAAGGAUUUUUAUUAUCGUCAGGGCAAUGCUACUAAGCUCCAACUAAUUGUGUUAGUAUUGAUUCAAAUAAAGUAUGCUUAUAAUGCUCAAAUUUAUAUUAUUUAGAUAGUAGUAAAACGUGCUAACCUAUGUCAAAUCCCUAAAAUUGUAUUUUAUCAGAUGGGAAAUCAAAUUAGUGUGCUUAGUGUCAAAACCUUUUUUAUCUUUCAUCUUCUAAUCCCAUAACAUGCGUUCCAAUUUCUGAUAUUUAAUGUGCUCUAUCUGAUGGGAUUAAUGAUAAAAAAUGUAAAAAAUGUAAUAAUUUGUAUUAUACUAAUAGUGGUUUAUGCAAGUAAAUAUAAGAAUUUUCAAAAUGUGUUGUCAGUGAUGGAAUUAAUAAUUAAUGUACUAAUUGUAAAAAUAAUUUUAUGUUAGAUUCAAGUAGUAAAAGUUGCAAGGUAAAUACAAAUUUAUAAGAUGUACCUGGAUUUUAUUAAGAUUCAUCUAAUAAAUAUCAAAAUUAUGAUUUCACAAAUUGGAAUUUCUGUUUAUCUUUUGUAUAAAGUGCUAAUAAAUGCUAAUAGUGCACUAACAUAUAUUUUGUUGACACAAAUGGAACUUGUUAAAGCGCUUAACCUUCUUGUUUUACAGACGGCAAUAGUUAGAAUUGUUUAUAUUGUGCAGGAAAUCAGUACAUUAAUAGUUUAAAUUAAUGUGCCGCUAGUAAUUAUUGUAGUGGUUCUUACUUAACAAAUGGUGUUAAAGAUACUUGUACUUCAUGUUCUGAUAAUAGUGGUCAACCUGGAUUUUACUACAAUGAUAAUUCAAGCCCUUCUAUUCCUUAAUGCUUAACACAAUCAAAUCUAAUAAUACCUAAUUGUGCUUCUUAUAAAUUAGAUCCAAUUAACAGCAUUAAAAUUUGUACAAUAUGCAGUAAUAAUUAUUAUAUUUCAAUCAAUACAUGUUAACCAAUAACUGAAAAAAAUUGUUAAUACUCAGAUGGAGUAAAUGACUAAUGUCUAGUGUGCCUACAAGGAUAUUAUAUAUAAAAUAAUAAAUGCAAACCAUUGUCUCCAAUACCUUUUUGCAUCAACACGGGCUAGGUAUUUUGUUCUCAGUGCUAAAAUUUAUAUUAUAUAAAUAGUAAUACAGGGUUGUGUUACCCAAUUUCAAAUCCAAACUGCUAACAAUCUAAUGGAUUUCAGGAUUCUUGUCAAGUAUGCUAACCAGAUUAUAAUUAUAUAGAUCUUAAUUAUCCAAAUUACUGUGGAUUUCCCUUUUGUGAUAUAUGGAAUCAAUAAAACCCCUCUAGUGGAUGCACUAAAUGUAAAAAUGGGUAUUAUCUCACAAAACAAGGAUCAUGUAGCUAUAUUACUCUUUCAAAUUGUCUCGCUCAAAACUCUGAUCAAGAGUGUACUCUUUGUGAUGGAAGUUAGAAAUACUAUUUAGCAUAAAUGAGUUAUGGAGGAGUUAUUUGCCUACAACUUAAUGAUUAGAAUUGUAAAAUAACAGAUGGUAUCAAUCCUGUAUGCACUCAGUGCAACCCUAAUUAUUAUCCAGGUCCUUCAGGAAUAUGCCUAACUAUUUAAAAUUGCCAAACUUUAGAUCCUGUAAAUGGAAUAUGUACUUAAUGCAAUAUAUCAUAUAUUCCAUCUUCUGAUUAAACUUAAUGUAUUCAAAUUCUUAAUUGUUAAAAUACAGAUGGUAAAAAUUGCAUAUAGUGCAAAGAUGGUUUUUAUCUAACUACUUAAAAUGGUCAAAAUGCAUGCAUUUAGAUUAGAAAUUGUUCAAGUAAUAAUAAUAAUAAUGGAAUAAUAUGCACUUCCUGCUAAUUAGGUUUUACAAUUUUAAAUUAUUAAUGCGUACCUUCACAAUCUUAACCAAUAAUAUGUUAAGAUCCAUGUCCACCUAGCUUUUCAAGUAUAUAAUGUUAAUAAUGCUAACAAAGUUCUACUAUUUAAUAUUCAAGUGGUGACUAAUGUUUUAUUAAAUAUAAAAACUCUUCAAAUUAAUUUAAUUGUCUAUAUUGUAGUUAAGCUGCAUAUUUGCAAUAAAAUUCUCCCAAUUCUCCAUUUACUUGCUUAUAAAGAAAUCCACCUACAAUUAAUUGCUAAUUAUAUAACUUUAGUAGUAAUAAUGAUUGCAUUUUAUGCCCUCCACUUAUGUAUUUGGAUAGUAAUAGUUGUAAAAAUUUGAGUACCUCAGAUUGUAUUUACUCUUAUGGUAUAAAAAAUGAGUGUCUUAAUUGCUAAAAAAUGAAAUAUUUUAAAAAAUUAAGUGACAAUAAUUAUUUAUGCUCAAGUGUAGCUAAUAGUAAUGUGCAGAUUGGAUGUAAAAUAUAUGAUAAUUAAGAAAAUUGCAUUUAAUGCUAUGAAAAUCAUUAUCUGAGUGGGACUGGAACAUGCUUACCUCGUACUUUAUAUGAUAAUUGUUUAACAUAUUAUCCUGAUUAGGACUAGUGCUAAAUUUGUCAACCUGGUUUUUAUUUAAAAUAAAAUAAUAAGAACCCUUUCGGUUAUUUUUAACCAUCAAAUACCUAUGUAUUAAAUGAUUAUUUUUGUAUGAUUGUGGAUACAGAUAAAAUAAUAAUUAACUGUAUUUAGUAUGAUGAGAAUUAAAAAUGUGUAAAAUGCAAAAAUACUGGAUUAUAUGGGCCUUUGUAAGAAUAUUAUUUGGAUAAAUCGAAUCCAAAUGAUAUUUAUUAUUGCAUAGAUAUAACUGAUAAAUAGUGCUAAAAAUUUGUUGGCACAAACUGUUAAAAAAAAUAUAUUUUUUAAUGCUAAAACUAUGACAGCAAUUUUAAUUGCCUAUAAUGUAACGCUGGAUACUACUUAAAUUCAUCUGGUUAAAGCUGUGAACCAUAUACUGCUUAAAAUUGUGCUUAAUAUGACCCCAAAAAUGAUUAGUGCAUCUCGUGUAUUAGUUCAUAUUUUUUUGACUCAUCGAACAAAUGUUUAUUACAAAUAACUAAUUGCUAUUCUGCUAAUAAUUAAAAGUGUACUUAAUGUAUUAAGGACUAUACACUUGAUUCAAGCAACAUAUGUCAAUCAAACGUAGGCGCAAAUUGCAUGGUUGGAUAUGGAACUUAUGAUACAACGAAAAAUUAAUUUCCUUCUUGUUAAUAAUGUAAUAUUGGAUAUGCUCUUACUUCCGAUAAAACUCUUUGCAUUCCAUACUAUCUUUCAAUUGCGAAUUGUAAAAUAUUAAAAAGCUUAACAAAAAAAUAUUAUGAAUGUGAUCAAUGUAUAGAUAAUUUUUUUUACUCCAAAGGCUAAAAUGAAUGCUUGCAAAUAAAUUCUUUAUGUAGUAUACCUAAUUGUUAAACCUAUGACACUCAAGACUCUUAUUAGGAUUACUAUUUCUGCUAGUAAUGUUAAAGUCCUUAUUACGUAAACUAAGCUGCAAGAUGUUCCUAGGAUCCCCCUCCUCCUUCUCCAACAAGUGAUAACUUACCUGACCCUGUUAUUUCAUCAAAUUUAUCAAAGAUAAUUAAAUUUUGUAUCUAUAUUGCAGUCAUUUUAGUAUUAUGA